GGCACGCGCCGGGGGCACACGGGGGGCCCGGGGAGAUGGCAGCCAUGAUCGAGGUGAAGAAGGACGAGGCGGACCACGACGGCGAUGGCCCCCCCUACGACACGCUGCACAUCUACGGCUACGAGGGCUCGGAGUCCAUAGCCGAGUCCCUCAGCUCCCUGGGCACCGACUCGUCCGACUCUGACGUAGAUUACGACUUCCUUAACGACUGGGGACCCAGGUUUAAGAUGCUGGCUGAGCUGUACGGCUCGGACCCCCGGGAGGAGCUGCUGUAUUAGGUGGCCGAGGCCACUCUGGGCCUGGGGGCCCAAACCCCCUGCAGCCCAGGCCAGUCAGACCCUAGGCACCACAGCCUCCAAAAAUGGCACUGACUCCCCAGUCCAGCACCCCUUCCUCCUGGGUCCCAGAGACCUCAUCAGCCUUGGGAUAGCAAACUCCAGGUUCCUGAAAUAUCCGGGAACAUAUGUCAGUGAUGACUACUCUCAAAUGCUGGCAAAUCCAGGCUAGUGUUCUGUCUAGGCUCAGACAUCCACAUAACCCUGUCACCCACAGACCGCCGUCUAACUCAAAGACUUCCUCUGGCUCCCCAAGGCUGCAAAGCAAAACAGCCUGUGUUCAACUGCUGGAGGGUCUUUUUCUAGGGUCCCUGAAUGCCGUGGUGAGGCUGGUGAGGUCCUGGUCCCUAUCUGCCUGGAGGCAAAGGCCUGGACGGCUUGACUUGUGGGGCAGGAUUCUCCGCAUCCCAUUCCCAAGGGAGACUGUGACCGUCCAUCAUGCCCUCUCUCAAGAGCCCUGGCCCUGCUCCAACUCCUUCAUACUCCACUCCAAGUGCCCCACCACUCCCCAGCCCCUCUCCAGGCCUGCCAAGAGGGAAGAAGGGGCCCCAUGGCAGCUCCUGACCUUGGGUCCUGAAGUGACCUCACUGGCCUGCCAUGCCAGUAACUGUGCUGUACUGAGCACUGAACCACAUUCAGGGAAAUGGCUUGUUGAACUUCGAAGCAACUGUGAAUUCAUCCUGGAGGGGCGGUGGAGAUCAAGAGGGACAGAUCACAGGGUGAGGACCACCUCCACACCCAUCCCCUCUGGAGAAGGCCUGAAAGAGCUGAGACCUUGCUUUGAGACUCCUCAGCACCCCUCCAGUUUUGCCUGAGAAGGGGCAGAUAUUCCCAGAGCAGACAGCUCUCCCCUUCUCUGCCUCACCUAGUCGCCAAUCCAUGCCCUCUUUCUUUUCUCUGUCUACUCCUUAUCCCUUGGUUUAGAGGAACCCAAGAUGUGGCCUUUAGCAAGACUGGCCAAUGUCCAAACCCACUCAUGACUGCAUGACAGAGCCCAGCCAUGUGCCUUUACACUUCGCUGUUGUCACAUCUCAGGGAAUCGAACCUCAGGCACACCUUGCAGAAGGCAAGGCCUUGCCCUGCCCAACCUCUGUGAUCAACCGAGCAUCUUCCACUGGAACGUUUCACUGCAAACACACCUUGGAGAAGUGGCAUCAGUCAACAGAGACGAGCAGGGAAGGAGACAUCCAGCUCACCCUUCAUCAUGGACUGAGGUUCCCACUCUGGGCAAAGCCCCUCACACUGCAAGGGAUUGUAGAUAACACUGACUUUUUUGUUUUAACCAAUAACUAGUUUCUUAUAAUGAUUUUUUUACUAAUGAUACUUACAAGUUUCUAGCUCUCACAGAUAUAUAGAAUAAGGGUUUUUGCAUAAUAAGCAGGUUGCUAUUUAGGUUAACAAUAUUACUUCAGGUUUUUUAGUUGGAAAAACAAUUCCUGUAACCUUCUAUUUUCUAUAAUUGUAGUAAUUGCUCUACAGAUUAUGACUAUAUAUUGGCCACACUGGUGCAUGACAAGUACUGUAUUUUUUUAUACCUAAAUAAAGAAAAAUCUUCAGCCUGGGCAA